UUACAGCUGAAGAGUACACAAUUAGAGUGGGCCCAUAAUUGGAAGAAGUUGAACGAUUACACGCCGUCCUCUCUUUCCGGCUCACCCCCGGAAGAAUUCAAGGACCACCCAUCCAGACACCAACGCCUACUAAAGAAACACAUAAUCGACCUCGAAAAAAUUGCCAAGCGACUUAACAAACGUAACGACGAUUUAGAAGCGAAAAUAAUUAAACUCGAAGAACAAGUUAAAACUUCAACGACGUUAAAGCCGACACCUGAAGACAGUCCUGACGUAAUAUACGGCAACGAAAUUGAAGAGUACUUACAAAUGAACAAAUUAAAUCCUGUCGAUGGCCGGGGAAACGCGAAUUGGUUUCAGCUCCACGAGAAAAUUCAAGAACUCGAAAGUUUUCAGAAGAGCAACGCUGAUUCGAUUCAGAACUUAAGUAAACAGCUGUCAAACUUCGACAAACUGCACAUGUCGAUGCUCGAGCUACUCGAAAACGUGGAGAAUAUCGAAAACAAAAUUGACCGAAGCUUCCCAGAGUUUAGGAAGGAGAUUUCGAAGCUGGAAUUCCAAAUGUCGGACGCAUUCUCGCAAGUGGCACUGCUCAAGGAAGAUCAAACAAACACUCGCGACUCCGUCAAAGCUAUCAGUGUAACCGUGUCCUAUUUAAAGGAUAAACGUGAAGGGGAUCUCGUCUUGUUGCAGGACGUACAGGAUCAAAUCAAGAAUCUUAAGAAAUCUAACACAGUGCAGAAUUCAAAACUUCACGAUCACAUUUUCAAGGUUGAGUCAUCCACAUUGGACAUGAAUUCCACCAAAUCUACAAUCCAUCUGGUUGAAGAAUUAAAAUCUUUUGAAAAAGAAUACAAAAGCAUCGUUAAUAAAUUACCGCACGAUUGUUCUGCGGUUUCUGGACCGAACGGUGUCUAUCUAAUCUCACCGGGAGAUGGAGAACCCAUAAUGGCUUAUUGCAAAAAAGGUUGGACGACCAUUCAAAAACGGUAUGAUGGGUCGGUUGAUUUCAACAGAAAAUGGAACGAGUAUUCUAACGGAUUUGGUUCUGCCACUGGAGAACAUUGGCUGGGAAACAGAAACAUCCAUUACCUAACCAAAGAUAACUGCAGUACUUUGGAAAUAAACAUGAAAGACAUUUACGGAAAAUAUUGGCAAGCAACGUACGACACGUUUUGGGUAGGAGAUUACACGGUGGGUUUCAAAAUGCUUGUAGGAAAUUAUAAAGGAAAUGCUAGCGACGCAAUGGAUUACCAAAACAGGAUGGAAUUUUCUACGAUUGAUAAUGAUCGAGACAUUUCCAAUACCCACUGCGCUUCCAACUAUGAAGGGGGUUGGUGGUUUUCUCAUUGCCAGCACGCAAACCUUAACGGAAGGUACAAUUUAGGGUUAACUUGGUUUGAUAGUUCAAGAAACGAAUGGAUAGCUGUCGCUACAAGCGAGAUGCGAUUGAAACGAAGACCGAAUUGCUCGUAAAUCAUUUCCUUUUUGGAUACACAAUAAGUUUGUUGAUUGAUACAAAUGGUGUCAGAUGAAGCCAUCCUUUGAUUAGAUUGAAGACUACCAAUGCGUCCCAUAAGUAACCAAAGAAUUGACUAGUUCAAGAAAACAUAGAAUAGUGCUUGUAAUUUAUGGAUCGUUGUGCCUUUUAUGCCAAUUAUUAUUAUUAAUCCAUUCCUAGUUUUCGUUCUUUCAUUAGUUGAUACCGUUACAAUAAAAUAAAUACAUAGAAUUGUUUCGAGAAAACGAAAACAAUAAAAAACAAUGUAUUAGGAACUAAUCCAAUUUAAAUAACUUGUUAUAGUUCUUAUUAAUGAAACUGUAGCGUGAAAUUUAACAAUAAAAAUUAAAUUAAUACAAAGUAAGCAUUAAAAUUCGAAGCAAUUUUGGUACACUUGUCCACGAAUUAGGUAUUGAAAAACCUAUUAAUUAAUGUUUGAAAUUACAAAAUAAUAGUUUAUUUAAUAAUAAUGUUGGUAAUAAAAAGGUUAAGCGCACAGGUCUGUUUCCUUGUAUAUAUAUUUAUUUAUUGUCCUUUGGUGUUUAAGUUACGACUGCCAUGUUUUAAU